UACAGGAACAAGAGCAACUAAUUUUCAAAAUUGACAAUUCAAUCAAUAUUUUUUCACAAUAACCGCGCUUGUGUUUGACAAACAAGAAGUUAAAUGUAAUUGAUGUGAUCCUCAUGUAAUUCUCCUAAAAAAUCGGUCAUUCGCAUUUAAAAUGGCUGCGAUAACUGCCCAAAUGCCAGAAGCAUUUAACAUGCCAACAGCAGCUAACAACAAUGCCAGUUUGCAAAUUUCUCUUCUUCAAAUGCUCGAUCUUGCUCUCGGAGCACCAGAAGUUGGUGCGGUUAAUUUUAAUAUUCUUCAUAAUUUCCUCCAUAUCUUGUUGCAUCAAAUAAAUUUGCAAGCUACCACAGUUGAAUUUCAUGGUGAAAACGCAGAUCGUAUUAAAAAGAUGGUAACAUCUAUGAAGCCGAGACCAAAAGUAACGCGAGUUCGAAGAGACGAUGGUGAAGACGCUGAUGUACUUAUAGAAGAUAUUCAAGUGCCUGCAGAAACAAUUUUGAGAGUGACGGAAGAUAUAAGUCCACAAAUAAAGUUUGAAAAAGUCCCCGAAGCUCAGAUGGUUGUAUCUGUCGUGAAUGGUUCUCCUCUCACGGUAUCACAAUUUAAAGAGCUCGAACAAUCUGUAAAGCAGUUACAAGAUCAGUAUCAAGCUUUGGAAGACUUGUCUACAUCUCCGGAAAUUGAACGUUUAAAGGAUAGAAUCGCAGAUCCUGCCGCAGAUAUAUGGCAAUUUAUUAACAUCAAUAAAAGAUUGGACGCUAAUGAACAAGGUAUCGAUAAGCUUACAGCGAUGGUACAAGAUGUGAUCAAAGGUGAUGCUGGCGUAGUAACAGCAGACAUAUCUUUGGUUAAUACAAGAUUGGAUGAACUCGAAGAUAAGGUCUCCAAAAUGGAACAAUGGCUUACCAAUUUGCAAACAAUUACCGAUAUGUUAGCCGAAGAUGUAGCCGCACCAACCGCUGGUAUAACAGCAAUGGAAGAAAAAGAAGAAGCAGAAGUAGCAGCAGCCGCAGAACCAGUAGAAACCAAAGAUGUGAUUGUACCAUAUCGUGAAAAAGAAGAAAAUGCGAAAGAAGUAGCUAAUAAAAUACGUAGAGUAACACCUGAGAAGCUCGCUGCUCGAGUAGGACUUAUGAAUGACACUGUUAUAGAAGAAAUACGCCAAGAUGUUACUGCGUUAAAAACGGACGUAACUCGUAUACAACAGGAACUGCAAGAUCUUAACGAAAGAGUUGCACUAGAAGAAAAGCCACCGUCGGUACAAGAAAUUGAAUCUGUUGUUAGAGAACUGACUAAAGAUAAGGAAAAAAUAGCCGAAGUGACUGAUGUUACAAACUUGGAGCAAUGCUUGGAAGCUGUGAAAAACAUAGAAACAACUCACGGCGAGGUCUUGAACGAUGUUACCCAACGCGUGGUUGUAUUGGAGUCAGAAUUUAGACAUUUGUCAGAAAAAGUAGAUAGUAUACAAGAAGUUGACAAGACAGAUAACACCGAGAUUAAGAAUCUUAUCACAAAAGUGCAAGAAAUUGAUAUGGAUAUGGAGAAAAUCGGACAAACAAUGAGCAAAUUACUCGAGGAUAAAGAAAAAAAAGAAGCUCAUAUUAACACGCUACUGGAACAAAUUGAAGUUUUAAAAACCGUUAAAGCAAAUAAAGAGGAUAUCGAAGAUGCUUUGGCUGACAAAGCGGAUACUCAAACUGUGAACAGAAAAGUAUCACAUGAUCAAUUUGAUGCUGCUUGCGAUGAUCUCGCGCGUGGGCUCGAGAAAGCAAUCGACAAAUUGACAAAGCAAGAAUCGAUUUGGCAACAAGCGCUUGAUGAAGUGCAGAAUGAAAUCGCGACCAAGAUGGAUAAAGUCGAGAUGAUGCCGCUGAAGGAUUUUGUGAAUGACAAAUUAAAGUCGCUUCAAGAAAAAUUGAAGAUUAUGAUUGAAGCAAGACAAGAAAUAGAGGCAGCAGGAACAAAGAAGCUGCUUAAAGAUGUUCAAUGUAUAUCGUGCGACAAGGAUGUUGUAAUGAAGAUAGAAGAGGUCGGUAGAUUUCGAGCCGAGCCAUUUCCUUGCACUAUCAGCAUGAAACCAUAUCUCACGUAUGAAUUGGAUCAAGUCAGAAAACAACAGAGAAGAUUGCCUCACAGCAGAAAUUUGAUCCAAUUUGAGGCAGCAAUGCAAGAGGAGACAAAGAAGAUGAAAGCGAAGGAGGAGAUGCUUGCGAGGAGUCCUAGAGAUCAUCUCUGCAAUCGAUACUGCGGUGGGAGCCACACCGUCACGACUCCUCAGCAAAGAGUCAUGCGGACGGGACAUUUUCUUACUCAAUGGGGACCUGAGACGAUACAAUUGACGGACGGUUUGAUAAGGGGAAAAGACGGUCAAAUGUAUCGCAGUCGGCUCAUGCCGGAUAAAUCGGAUAUCUGCGGUCCAGCUUGUUGGGAAACUCAGAUUGGCGAGGAAACUGUACUCUCGGUGAAUGUCAACAUGAACUAGUCAUCAUAAGUAAUUCACAUAUUCAUUUCACUGGCAAAGUAUAUUAUUCACUCUCACAAUUCUCUCAGGAAUGUUCGACAGGG